GAUGGCGUCGCUGCUGGUGCGGCUCAGCCCCGCGCCCGGCGCCGGCGAGAAGCCCAUCCUCAAGCUCCAGAGCUACUUCCAGUCCGGGAAGCGCUCGGGGGGAGGCGAGUGCGAGGUGCGGAGGGGACCCGAGCCCGGAACGUACUGGGUGGACUUCCAGCAGCAGCGAGAUAAGAAGAAUGUGGAAUCCCGCACAGAUCAUGUCUUGGAAAUUGGUGCCAGACACCUGAAGAUAGUUAUCCUGCCAGGAGAAGGGGACUUGAGCAAGAGCCGGGCCUCCCCCAGCUACUCCGUCGCUUCCAGCUCUUCCCCGCCUCAGCAAGAGCAGCCAGCAGCCAAAGGCCACGGAGAUGCAGAAAGAGACAUUACCAAAAAGAUAUUUCUUACAGUAUCUGCAACUUUGAAUACCAGCAUGUUCACUGAACAGCAAAGGGAUAAAGUUACCAUUAUAUGUCCGAAUUUAAAAAGAGAAAGAAAUCCUGAUGUUGAUGGCGCUGAGAAAUUAAUGGGAGAUUUUACAGAUAUUGAAAAAGCUUAUCACUACUUUAAGGAUAUCCUUCAAGGCAAUGCCCCAAACCAUGAUUAUUCACAUUCUGAAAGUAAGAAGAGUUUGGAAGAUGAAAAUGGUCUGAAUACUGAUGAUAUGAAUGAGUUUACAGUUCUGUCAGCUCUAUAUGAAUAUUUCAAUCAUACCUGCAAGGAAGAAAUCAAAACAUUACGUGAAAGGUUUGGAGUGUGCAUAAGAAGUAAAGAUCGCUAUGAUGGAAAUACAUCAGUGUGCUUCACUUCUGAUAAAAGUCCUGCAUCAAUACAAAAAGCUAAUGAUUUUUUUAUCAGGACUUUUCAGAAAAAGAUAAAAGAUCUGAAACAGGAAAAAAUUCCCAUAACAAACAGUUAUACAUUAAAUGAGACAAUAGUGGAAUUAAAUUCUAGGUUUACUAAUCUUCUUGCCAAAGAAGAAGGGAAUCAAUUGCUACUCCGUGGUCCAGCGAGUGAGAUUGCAGCUGCCAAAAAAUUUCUAGCUGGGGAAGAUGAGAACAGACAAGCUGAAAAGAAUAUGAAAAUAUCAUCUGAACUGUACAAAUACAGAAAUGGAAUUGAAGUCGAUACUUCUGUGUUUAAAUUGUUGGAAACAAUAUUGUCCAAAGAAAUUGAAGACAUUGCAGACAAAUUUGAUGUGGUAACAGAAAAGAAAGACGGUUCACAUGGCCAGAAGAUGCUCAUAAUAUUUAGGCCUAGGACCAAAACUUUUGAUAUGUCUUCACAUGCUACUGAAAGUUUCAUCACUGCAUUUCAGUACGCCUCUGCAAUGUUAAGAGGAAAACGCCUCAGCUCAAAACUUUCAGAAGAUCAGAAGAAAAGAUUAAAUAUGGAACUUAAUGGAAAACAAUUAGAAGAUCUGCAUGUAAAACUUAAGACAAAGGAAGAGAAAACCAUCUUACAUGGUUUACCAAACCAUCUUUAUGCUGCUGAAAAGGACACUAUGAGUCUUCUUAAUACUGAAGACUCAAUACAAAGUGAAAAUAAGACACGACUGUCCUCUGAUCUCAGCUAUCAAGAAGCUACAGGAGUGUCUGAGAAGAAAUACAGUGGCACACAAAAGAAUGAUGUUUCUUCUGAAGGACAGGCUAAGGCAAAGACAGAAGAAGACGAUAAAGAUGUGUGUCCUGUUUGCAUGGAGGGAAUUAAAAAUAAAAAAAUACUGGAGAAGUGCAAUCAUGCGUUUUGCAAAAGUUGCAUUGACCAGGCCAUGACUUACAAGCAAGCUUGUCCUAUUUGUAAUACUGUCUAUGGAAGCAUGAAAGGAGACCAACCAGAGGGAAUAAUGUCAACUAGAACGAUUUCUAUAGCUCUCCCCGGUUACCCUAAUUGUGGUACUAUUGUGAUUACAUAUAACAUGUGUGCUGGUAUUCAAACUAGCAACCAUCCAAACCCAGGAAAACCUUAUGGUGCAACUUCUCGAACAGCAUAUUUACCUGACAAUAAGGAAGGGCAAGAAAUUCUGCAGCUCCUCAGAAGAGCCUUUAACCAAAAAUUGAUUUUCACAGUGGGGCAGUCACGUACCACUGGUGCACAAGGUGUUAUCACAUGGAAUGAUAUUCACCACAAAACUUCCACAAUGGGAGGACCCACAAAUUUUGGUUACCCUGAUCCUGAGUAUCUACAGCGGGUUCGAUCAGAAUUGAAAGCAAAAGGAAUUGAAUAAAGAAAUGUAUCAACCAUCAAUCUGUUAAGCCUAACAACUGAAGAUGUAGCAGUUAAUUUACUAUUCAAGCACUAAGAAGAAAGAAGUUACUUUGUUCAACUGCUGUACUUAAGUCACUUUUCUGUCAGUCAGCUAAGAAAAGUAACCUUUUUUCGUCAAACAGUUUAUGUUCUUUUUGCACAUCAUUUGCUUCCUUGAAUGCUUCCCUAUAUAGAAUCAUGGAAUUAUAGAAUAGUUUGAGUUAGAAGGAACCUUAAAGAUCAUAAAGUUCCAACUCCCCUGCCAUAGGGAGGUGUAGCCUUUACAGAAUUUGGGUCUUGGGACUGCAGCCUCAGUACUUCUUGCGCUUGUCAGAUAUCAGAUUGUGUAUCUGAUUUUAGCAGUUAAUCUGGUCUGCACUUUUUCUUGUGUCUUCAGUCUGACCUCCAAAACUGGUAGAUCCACUACUAGCUUUUAUUUGACCAAACACUUACUUUACCUUUGUGUUAGUACAUCUCUUGUCAUGGAUAGCAUCAUGUAACCCAUCUGCUGAAAAGCUUUUAUGCCACUGUUACAGUAUCAGCUAUGAUAAGGCUGCAAUUUUUGUCUUCUUUUCCUUUUCAGGGUAGAAAUGUCAUUUAGUGUUUUGAGUUUUAAGUAUGAAAUUAGGAUGGAUAGUGUAUGAAAAGGAACGUGGAUGCUGCCCUGUUUUUUUAACUCUGCAGAAGACACUCAGAGCCACGUUGGAGCAGAUGGGAAGUAAGAGUGUCUGUGGUCAGGUCUUGAUAAUGGGGUCCUUGUUCUGUGUCUGCCAUUGUGUUUAAGCUUAAAUACAACUUUUGAGUCAGCUUUGCAACUAUAAAACUAUAUUCUUCCCUUUGCUUCCAGUAUAUGGUUUAAAUUAUAUCAUAAAGAUACUUUGUUGCUACUUUGUGCUGUCUAAAUAGCUUGGUAAUUACACUUGUGGUGGUGUGAAACAAAUAGCUUUCACUUGAAGAAGCCAUUAAUGUUAGUGAGUUAAGCCAUUUUUGUUAGGCUGUUGAAUAUAAUCAAUAAAUAAAACAUGAAAAUACCAUC